AAAAGUUCAUUCAAUGGAGAGAAACAGAAAAUCUAGUAAACAUGGCAAAAGAAAAGAUGUUCACAAAAUUGGAUCAAAAAGGAAACUCAAAGAAGAGAGAGAAACUAUACAUGAGAUGACUACUAAAAGAUUAAAGAUAGACAGACAAAAGGACGCAUGGACUGAAGUCACAAAUCGAUACCUAGGCAGAGUCACCCAACCGAAGUAUGUUCAUGUAGGCGAACCACUAGAUGGAGGCCUAGAAGACGAUUGUGACUUUAAUGAAUGGAUAGAGAACAAUCUACCAUCUCAUCAUAAAAAAUCAAAUGGGGUUCACUGGAUUUCCGUCGUACGUACAUGUAUGUACGAUGACGCAGAAUACAAAACUAAAAACAAACCUGACACCCUUGGAUUACAGUCUGCGAUAGAAAACACUGAGGUAGUCGACCAAAAAACCUUGAAAAGACUUGCCAAAGAAUAUUCAUUUACCAGUGGCAAAUGGAUGUUGUAUGGAAAAACAGGAUGUGAAAUCGAUGGACUUUGGAGAAUUAUUGCAGAUGGUGUAAUAAGGGGAAUAAUUCCUAGUUGUUCGGCAAAAGUCAGUGCAGUAAAUGAAAAGAAAGACGACCAUAUCAUUUGUAUUUACAAUGACAACUUUUUCAAUGAAGCAGAAGUUCAUGCUCUGAGAGAUGGUAUAAUGAAUUCUGGGAUACAUAAUCGGUUAAGAUACAAAGCAGAUAUAUAUACGCAUUUAGGAAUAAAGAGUUCAAACGAAUGGGGAAUAGAUCCAGUUUUGUAUCGAGAGAAAGAAAAAGCAUUUGAUAAUUUUCAAUUUGACCCAUUAUACGACAAAGAACCAAGUAAAUCAGCGGUAGCUGGAAUCAACAUAACAACUGAGUCUUCUCCAUUAUUUUCUAUUUCUGGUCCAACUAGGAACUGUAUAAUUCCUUUAACUCUUGGAAUAAAAUCGAUGUCACGCCUACAGGAAUAUGGAAAUGGCCACGACCAAGUCAGACUCUCAAUCCUGUUCCAUGAUGGAAACACUUGUAUAAAAGGAGUUGCGUUUGGCGAUUCAGCUCGCAAGUGGAAAGAUAAUUUAAAAGUUCCAUGCACAUAUACAUUGCGCAGUUACGAUAUAAGAUAUAGUGAUAGAAAAUAUAACAAUACAAAAUAUGAGAUCCGUCUCUUGGAAAAUACUGUCUUAACGAAGGUGAAACAUGGGUAUUUUCAAAUACCCAAAGAGAACAAAAUGCAAAUAUCAGAACUUGAUCAUCAAUUUGAGAACGUGUUAGUGUCAACAUCAAAAGUGAUGUUUAUUAGGAUUGGGCGACAGAUCAGGCCAAGAGAAAAGUUCUUGCGAGAAUUAUACAUAAAGGAUUCAACAGGGCAAAUUAAGAUCAAAAUGUGGUCGCAUGAAAGAGACGAAUUUCCUUACAAUGUGGGCGAUUGUGUGAAACUUAAAUACGCGUAUCUGAAGUACGACAGUUUCUGUCGACAAUGGUUCUUAGAAAAGAACGAUAACAUGAUGAUUUUCAAAUGUAAUGAAUAGGAAAAUGACAUCUGCCUUUUCGAAAAUUAUGCACACUAUUUAUUAUCUUAUUAUAUCUAAUAUAU